AGCUUUCUCUAUCCAUCAGCUCAGUCUGUGGUCUGUCAUUCGAGUUGUGUGGUUCGCAAGUGAAGAUGUUUCGAGGAAAUAUGGCAAAUUGUAUGCGCUUCAUUCACCCAGCAAAUUGUAUAAAUACACUUUGAACUAGCCGCUUGAGUGUACUCUAAAUAGCCGAUAAUUUCGAAGUGUUCGUUUUGGUUUCAACUCCUCUUUUUGUGUACCCAAGUCAGGAUAAUUAUAACUAUAACAUUUCCAGUUUUAAACAGUUGAACCAGUGCUGAAGUGAUCUAUUCUCAAAUGUUUCUUUUAAAGGAUAUUUUGUGACUCAGUGUCGAAUUGAAUUAGUUGGACUGUAUUCUUAUUCAGUUGAACGGAAAUUUGAUAAUCCUUCUUAUCGAGGAUUAAUGCACCAGUUUCGAUCUGGUGUGUUUUGUAGCACUGCCUUCAGGCAAAACAUUGAAGAGAAUAAUCAGUCGUGGCUAUUUACUGAUCAAACCAAGGAUCAAAACAAGAGAAAGUGCAUUAUAUUUUUACUCCAAUUAAAAAGGCUCAACCAAGUGUGACCAGAUGUCGUCAUCAGGCGGACGCAGGGCGAGUCUCCGGAGUCAGAGGUCACAGGAUGGGGAGUACAGCGAGCCAUGGUGUCUCACGUGCAGCGCCAACAACAACAGGGCUGGUACCAGCGGUGGCGGCGGCGGUGGUGGUGGAGACAGGACAUUCACUGCGCUCACGAGCCAUCAAAACCGUGAGCUGUGUGACAUCUUCUCUCGCGUGCUCGGGGCACAGGCUAGCGAGGAGUACCCAUCAAUCAAUGUGUGUAACAGGUGCGAGAGACAAUUGCGACGACUGGGGCGAUACAACAGUAUCAUCCUCGCUCGGCACGAGGGCAGACGGUUGAGAGAGCAGUUGGAAAAAAACCUCUCCAAAUACGGCAAGACUGUUGUGGAGAGUGGAGAUAUUCUCGACGGCAGUAGCAACACGAGUCAAAGCUCAACUUCCGCACGCGGAUCGAACAUUUCUAGGGCCAGUUCGCGAUCUCUACGAAGAGGUCGAAGUCACGACGGUGUCUUAGUAGGGCGGAGGGGUGAGGAUCGUUUUCCUAGUCGAUCUUCUAGUGUGAGCAGUAUUCAUUCUGAAGCUUCCAUAGAAGAGGAACGAAGAGUUGGAGGUUUCUCUUAUUCCAGCCGAAGGAGCAACGACAGAGCUAACGUGCUAGGCGAGGGCUCGUACGCCCAGAUCCUUUCAGCAACAGACAGGCGAAGAGAAGCAAUACGCCGAAAGCUUUCAAAUGCUUCUACUGCUAGUGAUGACAGUGGUAUUUUAAGUUCUACAACCAUCGGCUCAGAUAGGAAGUACUCCCUGGACAACAGAGGGCCCAACACUGUGUCAUUCCAAAAGGAGCCGACAAUUAUUCAAGACACAGAUACACUUUACGAGGAUUCAGCAACCAAUCAGCAGGAGAAGACUAAACGUUCUCAGGUAGCAUCCAAUAACCAAAAGCAAAGUGUAUCCUCUCAGAUACCAGUUGCAAUCAAGGCCGGUGAGAGGAAUCCGGAGAUCUCUGGGUACCAGCAGAACCCGAGUAACAGAGAGGCAACAGGAGAAAUUGAAGAAACGUCUUUCACUGACAAGAAGGGUGACAACCCUCAUUGCUUUGAUGAUAUAAAAUCUCAGCCAGAUGUAGAAACUGGCGGUCUUAAUGCACACCCUGUGACGUCAGGAGAUGGUAAAGAGGAUACCGAGGUGAGUCAAUCUGGAGUGGUGACGUCAUCCCCAGGGCUGGAAGAUUGGACAGAGGAGGACGAGAUGGCAACCACGACGGACGACAAGAAAACUCUUGUAGCACGCAGCGAGUCUCUAGAUACCCAGUCGAAACGAUCGAGUUUUAGACAAAAGUUCCGGUUCUUUAGUAUUGGAUUUAACAAAAAAUCCCAACAAGGUGAAGCAGGGGAAGGCAUUGAGGUUCCCCCAGAGCAGAAUGCUGACGAGAGUAAACCCUCCUCAGACAACUCCUCGACUUUAAAUCAGAAAGAGGGCGGUGUUGAAGCCAAAGAGGAGAACGGCGAUGAAAAGACAACCACUGCAUGGAAAGGCAGAAUCAACCCGUUCAACGCCGAGAGACCAGAGAGAAAUGGUCAGAUCAGCUUUGACACUGACGCCAGUUACGAAGAUGAGGUAUUUGUGAAGGGGAUUGUCGAUCUAGAUGACGAAGAGGGGGAUCUUGGUGUAAGUGCUGGGAAGUCAACGAACGCACAGUUGUUCCCUCGUGGCGACAGUGUUGAUUCGUCAUCUCGACCUGCAGACGGGCCGUCAGAGCAAAACGACGAGAACACUAGCCUAGACAGGAAUAACAGCCUGUCUGAAGUCGAGGAAAGGAUAAACCUAAAGACACAAUUCAAAGGAGCUUAUUACAACAUUGGGAGUACCGAGGAUCUUUUGCAAGAGCUAUCGGAUGAGCAAGCCGCAGAGAAGGCAAAAAGUGGCGACAAGUCCUCAGAUUCCUCCCAAACCAAGCCAGGAAAUAAUACCGAAACCGCUCCUGCUACAACAGAAGGGAAGGUCAAAGCCUCGUCCGCUUCUGGAGCUCCUCGGAAAAAAGGAGGAAAGGACCAGGAGAACAUUCCCCUGAUAGAGAAAGGAGACAAAGGAACAGCGGACGCAAGCCAAGGUCAAGGUGACGGCGAUGGCGCCCCAUCCGACGGAACAGCAGUGGAGAAGAAGUCGGAGAAAUCUCCGCUCAUCUCCAAAGACGGUAAAGAGGGCGGGGCCGAAGCGGAGGCAUCAGCAGACGGAAAAGACAGCAAGUUGAAGGACAACGGGCCCGGAGGAAUCCUGUGCUGCUCCAUCUUGUAGACGUCGCUCCGUUCCCGCGCGCACACACCGUCUUCUGGAGAAUGUCGUCUGCGAAACGCGGAAUAAGUAGCAUCCUAGGCUAAAUAAAUGCUGGUGGCGUCGUGGUGAAAUCAGGCUCUUGUCAAAUAAUUGAAAUUGAAGAAACAAGCCCGUUUCCGCCUGUUCGGCAAUUUUCAGCAACUUCUUUUUAAAGAUUUAGCUCAACACCUUUUAUGUCUAUUGAAACACGCAUUUCUGGAAAGCAUUGAUCAAAGGCACGAAAAAAAUGUAAACUAAAAGUUUUCAAGGACACUCAAACUUUGGAAGUCAAAUUUUGGCGGUCAUUUUCUUGCUAAUUUUACCUCUGAUGUCAGGCGACCCCCAUCGCAAGUGCUAUUCAAGGUAGAUGGGAUUUUCCCCCCCAAAAAGCAAGACAAAUGAACAAACUUUUAGGUUAUACUAAUAACUCUAAAUUCCCCCAAAAAUUGACUAGCGCCCGAUUCCAUCCAGACGUGACUAAACUCCCCCACCCAGGGUCCCUCCCCAACUAUUUUUUCUCCGAAGCAAAAUAUAUUCGUGCCAGGUCUAUUUUGUCCUUUAUUCGGGUCCUUGAUAUCCCCCCCCCCCUAAAUAUGUGUCAAAUAUGUCCUUGUCCCAGUCUUAUUGAAGGCCGCUUUAGCAGGAGCUUCAAAAGAAGUGGACGGUGAGGAAAAACUAUCUUGCUCUCCCGAAAUUUUCACAUCAAAGUAGAAAACAAAACCUGACAAAACAAUACAAACUAACGAAUAGGACUGAUUCUAUCGCUGUUAAUAUCAAAAUGCCACUUUGGAGUAAAUAAACUACGUGAGCUGCAUUUGACCGGAAUUGUUCAUGAAAUAAUACACUUGCUGAAUUGAUUUAUAUAUAGUGGUGCUUAUGCCAUUUGACAUACUGUGCACCCAACUCCUCAACCAGCACCCAUUCUCUUCCCUCUUUUGUCUUGGAAAGACAUGUUUAUUUGGUUUGUGAAUCCACAUAGCUGACGUGUUCAAGUUAAUGAAUUUUCAUCCAUGAACACAUGCUUUUUAAAAACAAUCGAAAGAAGAAUAACAAAUUGUGAUAUUUUAUGACGUUAGUCACCAAUGUGCUAAUCUAUAACAUCCACGUUUUCUCAGAUGCGAACCUUGUUUGAACACGUUUAAUCCUUACAAAAGUUUCAAAAUCUUCACACUUGCCAGGCUAGGUUGUUUUGCCUUCCUGAAAGUGCCUUUUUCAGCCUUGGAGCCAAAAGAAACUAGAAAGAUCUCCACUUAUAGUAAUAAUACGCAGUGAUCUGCUGCCCCUACCAGCCAAUUUGCUACUUGUUCCUGCUUUUCCAGUGACAUGGAAACGUGCAAUACUUUCGAUAUUUAUAACACUUUAUUUGAAAAAGCGGUUUUUAUAAUUGUAGUCGACUUUCAAGGUAGUGUUUUUUUCAUAAAGUAGCUCACAUUUGUCUUUAUGUCUAAAUUAUUCUGUUGUCCUGACUGUACUGUCAUUUAUUGUCCGUUAUACGUGUGUUGACUUUACAGUUUUAAAACUUUCCCCCUUUCAUUUUUGGCCCCAAUGUCAAUGCUUUUCCAUUGUAAACAACAUGUAGUGAUUUGUUUUAGACCUUAUAAGCCUCUAAAGGCAUCAUAAUAGCCAUCAUUGCAAGGAUUAAGACUUAGUAUUCAUUGUUCUUUGUUCCGUCUCUGUUUUUUCUUAGAGGCUUUGUCUGCGGCUAAGUACCAGGCUCUGUAUCUGUCAUCAGAUCAUGUCUGCUUACCUUAAACCAAGACUUCAUGUGGAUUUAGGAUUUCCUUGAAAGUUUUCAGUUACCUCAAUCCACUCUAUACUUAUCAUGAGUUCCCAAAAAUCAGUUUAGUUUAAUUUUAUAUUGCUUUUUGUAUUGUACAUGGAUGUCGGAGUUCUUAGUCGUGGUUUGUAUUAUCUUGUGUUAUGAUAUUGUCUUCACCACUUUAGUAACGACAUGAUAUGACCCUAAUCUACCAAGUUGAACUCUAAAAUGAAACAGACACUGUUGACUUUUCCUUAUGGAAAAUGACAUUUGGGGUUGAUGAAAAUGUCUCUUAUUAGAAUCUAAAUGCUCUGCGUGUGUUUCCUUGCUAGUAGGCAACCUGCGUGAGUUGAUCGAGACCUCCAUAGACAUUUAACUACACUAAACACAUCACAUUUAGCUAAAAACCCUCAGUAUUUGCUCUUAGUUUUGUAUAUAAUUUGUAAACCCAAUGGGAAGUCAAUAUUUUGGGCUAAAUACGAUAUUUGUAAUUCGCUCAGCUCAUAUUUCAAGAACGUAUUACACUAUCUAAACUGGUAAUGGAAAUAAUACAAAUGGUAUUAAAUAGAAUUCAUUAUGAAGCAUAUUAACCA